AUGGGACAGUCUUCUUCAAUCAGUUCCAGUAACGAAGAGGGUUCUUCCCACUCAAAAAAAUUCACAAAUAGCAAAGAUAUUUUGGCAUAUUUCAAUAACAAAGCACAGCAACAGGUCACUAUUCCAGAAUUAGUCAGUUUUAAGGGAAAUUUGCAAAUUGAAGAUCUAAACACUCCAAUUUCUCACAAAGCUUUAUGCAACUCACUUUAUUUUCCGCAGAAUCAUGCCAUGAUUGUUGGGAUAGUGACUAACAUGUUGAGGGUUUUGAGCAACUUCCCAUUAAUGAAAUCAUCUUACGAACCAAUUACGGGAUAUGGGUUAUUAAAAUGCAUUUUGUUGUUAAACAGGGCACGAUGUGCCAAAUUCUUGAAAACCAAGUCCUAUGAUCAACUAAAACUGCUGUUUAUCUCUUUAUCACUUCAGAAAACUGACAAAGAAGAACUCUCCGAAGAAAGUGAAAACGACGGAAACAAGGAGUUGACUAUAAAACAAAUAAUAACUGGGUUUGAUGAUGUUGAUACAGAAAUGCUGUGCAUUCCUGCUGAUUUUAUGCUUCAGUUUUUAACUUGGCUUUUAAUUUUAACAGUUGAUUGUCCAACCACCAAUUCUAAAUUGGAUAAUACAGAGACUCAUGAUCAAUGGGGCAAUUUCAAAGUCUCAGCACUCAAUCUCCUUAGAACUAUGAAUCCAGACGUGGUGGGCGAUAUAGAAUCACAUUCCAUAACGUUUCAACAAUUUUCAACUGCAAUAAGAACUGUAAUGCCCAAUCUAUUAAAACCAUUAGAGAAUUUAAUGGAGCAUUUUUUUUAUUUGCAGCACGAUUUAGUUGAUCAUGACACAAACUUAUCGUCUAUUCAGGAUUCUAAAGUUAUGACUCCAGCACUGUUGGCACAGUUAUCGACGGGACUACCAAAGGAAUUAUUUAUUCAUAAGCUACAAAGUUUAUACAUCGGCAGGAAAAGUGGCUUCUCAAUGAGGUCUUUGCAAGCAAAGGUGUUCAAAUGGAUGGCGCCUUCGAUUUUAGUUGUUAGCGGAAUGAGGAUAACAAAUUCUGAAGAAUACGCAGCUGAGAAGAAUCCAAGAUACCGCCAUUUUCUUGAAGAAUUUCCUAAAUUGAAAGAGUCAGAUCAAAUGAUGGAUGCAUCGCAUUUGAAUAAAAGGAAAACUACUUUCGCUGUGUACAUAGACGAUCCGUGGAAAGUAACAAAUAAAGAUUAUUUUGGCGAUCUGAAUACGAGAAUAAUAGAAAUAUCACCCAGGCAGGAUAUUUAUAAAGUCAACCAAAAAGGCACGAUCUAUUUCAAUACAAUUGGUGGCGGAAUUGGAAUCGGGGAUAAACAACCAUUAAUAAAACCAGCAUCCAAGAGAUACAUACCAGGGAACGUGUCGCUUACUUUUGACAGCACAUUAGAAUUUGCUGUGUUUAGAAAUACUGGUUACGGAGGUUCAUUAGACCCUGGUUUAUUGUCGAUGGAAAGAAAGGAGGAAAAUUCCCCUUAUGAAUUGCAUUUUUUGAUUCAAGAUGUUGAGGUAUGGGGCUGUGGUGGUGAGAAAGAACUAGAAGAGCAAAUCAAACAGUUGGAAUGGGAAGAAGCAGAAUCUAAAAGAAGACAGCAAAUUAACCUGAGAAGCUUGGGAGAAGACCGUGCCUUACUGGAAAUGGCAGGUUUAGUUGGCCAACAUCAAGGUGGCGGUUCAAUGUGA